AUGCGCGAAUUGUAUAUCAAGUCGGGAAAGGGUUUUUUGCUAGUGUACUCAGUAACGGACGAGAGCUCUCUCAAAGAAUUGCUGGCGAUCCGCGAUCAGGUAUUGCGGAUUAAGGAUACUGCCAAUGUUCCUAUGGUUUUAAUAGGAAAUAAGUGCGAUUUGAACGAAGAGCGUAAGCUCACUCCAGAGGAUGGAAUUGCGGUUUCCAAAGAGUGGGGACGCGUCCCGUUUUACGAAACGAGUGCCAUGUACAAAAUAAACGUGGAGGAUGCGUUUGUGGACGUUGUAAGGCAAAUAAUGAGAAAAGAGGCCUCGGCCUCGGCGGCAGGGAACAAUGCUUCUUCACAAGAGCAAGUGGUUGAAUCUAAAAAGACCAGUCAGCAGACGGAGACGAAGCCGCAGCGGAGAAACACGUUUGGCUCGUCUUCAGAUAAGAAGGUCAAGAAGAAGAAGAAGAAGGGAGGACUUUGUACCAUUUUAUGA